AUGCCUCCACCACAAGACUCAACAUGCAACGAGACUGAAGUCCUGGAAAUUCAAAACUCCACUUUCCUCCACAUUUCUGAAACUGUCAUGCUGGUUUUAUCAAUUAUAGCACUUCCAAUUUUAGUGGUAGCCAUACAAAAAUGUGUGACAAAUGCUCAUUUUCAUUUGAAUAUUCGAAUUAUCGCAGCCGCUCAUUGUAUAUCGAUUUUGUUGCAUUGUAUUGGGAGAAUAAUCCAAAAUUCCUCGGACAUGUAUUUAUGGAUGGGUCCACUAACAACAUGUAAUCGUCGGCAGUUUAUUGGAAUAUGCGUUAUAUCCCGAAGUUUAUGCAGCUUUGGAAUCUAUUAUUCUAGCUUCACCACUGUGUUUAUCGCGCUGGAACGAACUAUAGCAACUCAUUUUACCAAGAAAUAUGAGAACAAAAAAUCCAAAUACGGAAUCGCUUUUGUUGUUAUUCAGGCACUGAUUAGUGUAAUCAUUACCUUUGGCUUGUUUUAUGAGACAGAUCUACCGAAUCGUCCGGUUUAUUGUAUUCUGAAUAGUGACAAACCGUGGACAGUAAGCGCAGAAAUCAUCACGAUGUCUUCGAAUUUGUUUGCUUUUGUACAAUGUUACAGAAUGUACAAAAUCAAUAUGAAACUCCGUAUCAUCACAACUCAAACGACAUUGAGCCAAAAGUACACCAUCGAAGAGAACAAAACGCUAAUUCAAAUCAGCAUGAGGUUCACUUGCUUGGAUUUUGUUUUUAUGAUUAUUUAUUUUAUGAAAACUAUUAUAACGGAGAUGAAUCUCACUCAAAGAAAAGAUUAUGUAUAUGCGAUUUGCGGAUUAACUCAUUGUGCUCCAGUGUACGCCAUUGUGGUCAUCCUAGCAAUGCAGAGGAUAAUCAAGAAGAUCCAAACCGAAAGAGUGGUCAAAUUAAAAGCUGAAGUCGAGGUCAAGGAUGACGCCUACUUUUACUUCUUCAAACAACAAUGGUCACAAUCGAAAUAA